AAAACCAGGUACACGCUGCGGUGAUUGCGUCAGAAACCAUUGGAGAUUCUCCCACACCAGUGGACACUAUGGCACCCACUAAUCACACCAGGGACGUGUUGCUGUGGGGAUGCAUGUUCACAUGUCUGACUCUUGGACAAGGAUUCUUCCUGCCCAGCUUUUCCAGCAGCUACCCGAAGAAAUCUGACCCGUGUUCUAGGGAGGUGGCAGCGGUGCAGUGGCCCGCAGUUCGGGACAGCGUCUACUACGGCCAGCACUACCACGGAGGCACGGCCGUGCCAGUUGCCGUGCCGUAUCCAGUGGCGGUCCCAGCACCUGCUCAGGUUGCACUUCAGGCCGCUCCCCCUACCGCCUCGGGGUCGUCAGGAAGCCUACAGGCUACUUACCACAACACGCAGCUGGUACCUUGCCUGUGCUCAGUUCCUAAGGAUGACCUGGAUGAUUCCACUUCCGUCGUGGUUCAAAGCAGUCAACAAAUUUCGAACUAAAAAGCUCUUUCUUGGUUGUAUUAAUUUAACAUAGAAAUAACAUGUACCAAAAAACCAGCAUUUUUUAACACGUAUUUUGUCAAAUAAUUUUACGCAGGCUGAACCAGAUUUCAACGUUUUGUUUAAAGUGGUAUUAUAUUUCACAAGAACGUUGGAAAGAUUAAGUUGAAGACAAGUUUCCUAUCGACUGUGUGUUACAAACAAAAAGGAUGUAGAUUAUAGGACGCACUUGCUACUCGGCAAGUUUCCUGCACAGGAGGUGCCAAUUACUAAGAAGUGUUCUUCCCAGUAACAAAGAAACUAUUAAUAACCCGCGCCAGCAAAUUCCAUUAUAGUACACACAGAUAUGCUUUCCGAAUUUCCUCUGUUGUGAAUUUUAAUAAUCAUUCGCUUACAACUUUUGUGAAUGAAAAUAAGUACAGGCACACACGACAUCUGUUAUUUGUUCAUUUUAAUUGCGUUGCUCAAAGAAGAAAUAAAAUGACUAUUAACAUUGGAAAAAAAAUGAAACUUUGUGGUACCUGACAUACAUCAUUGUCUUAGCGUCAAUUAGUGUGAAUUACGAAGUGUGUAAAUUUCGAAAUGAAGCAUUUGUGGCACAUUU